AUGCACCUGGACGGGGCUGGCGUGAGCGACUGCGACCACUGGCACGACGAUGCCGGCAUCAUGACGCACCACGUGGGGUACACCAUGCUGUUCGAGCAGGCUCUGCAGGUGGUCGAUCCCUCCGUCACCAUUCCGUACUGGGAGUACACCAUCGAAUGUACGUUUUCGUCGUAA